GGUAUAAUAUUCAACAUGGCAGACCACAGUAAGGAGGUAAUGGAGGUUGUACCAGAAUCCAAACAAGUAAAUGAGGAUGAUAUGAAAGAUAAAUUGCAAGAAAAGAUGAUGAAGAGACAUGAGCAACGUCUUGCGAAAAUGGAGAAACGACGUACAGAGCGGGAGCAAGCUUCAUCGAAAGACGAAUCCAUAGUGAUCUUCACAUCCAACUUCAACUCGGAGAAGAAGCGAAUACAGACGAUGAUAGAUAAUUCAAAUGACAUACCUACAGAAAAUUUGAAUAGCCACUUCGACAGUAUGACAACGGAUAUUCACAGAUUCCAGAAGUAUGUUACUGAUUCUAUAAUAUUCCUCCCAUCUUACGACCAAAAACAUGCGCAGGAUACUGUUAACCAGUUGAACAGCGCGUGUUAUGACAAAAGAAAAGAGCUGAAACCAAAGAAGAAGUUUACAUUCAGUAAAUCAAAGAAAAAGGAGAGCAAAAGUGAGGAUGAUAUUGAUAAACCACCGAAUAAGAUGGAAAAUGAGAAACUUGUUCAGUUAGUUGAGCAGAAGAAAGAAGACUCGCUUGGUUUCCGUGAUUGCUCUUCUCAGGACUUGGAAAUGCUUUCGGAUAAAAUAAAUACCAAUGACAUCGGUCUUUCGGAACUUGUCGACUGCAAAGUGGUCCUUAAAGGUUCACCAAGCGCUGUGCAUAUUGAUAAGCUCACCAGAUGUAAAGUCUUCUGCGGUCCAGUGUCGGGGUCAAUAUUUAUUGCGGACUGCACUGAUUGUACUUUCAUUAUGUCGUGUCAACAGUUGCGUGUCCAUACAACAACAUCCUGUUCUUUCUAUCUCCAUGUAACUAGCCGUGCGAUUAUAGAAGAUUCUACUAAAGUUGUAUUUGCACCAUACGAUUGGACUUACGAUGAAAUUGAGAAAGAUUUUGCUCUAUCUGGCUUGGAUCGAAGUAAGAACAGCUGGGAUGAUGUGGACGAUUUUAACUGGCUGGCAAGUGACAAGCAUUCCCCAAAUUGGAGCAUUCUGCCGGAAGAGAGCCGCAUCAAGUACUGAGAAUAAACCCGUUCUUAAUUAUUAUCAAUAAUAAUAAUAUUAAUUUUAGCCACCUAUUAGAAAAAUGUCGCUGUUCAACUGAUAUUUACCAAACUAAAUAAGUUGGAAUCAAAAAAUAAACUGCAUGCUAUACAAAAAAACUAAAGAUUUUGAAGUAUUCAUUGAAGGGGAAAAAUAUUGAUGCUGUCACGAAUGGCCGUAUAUGCCAGGGGUUCCAAAUCUUCAAAAAAUAAAAUGUGCAAUUAUUGGAUGUAAAUUGAAUAAAUAGAAGCUAAUGAUUUUUGCUUAUGAA